CUUCAAAAUGUAAAAAAAUUGAGGUGAUUGAUUUAGAAGAUUGUCCUUGUAUUAAUGAUGAAGUUUUACAAUCUUUCGCAGCUUAUCUUUCAAAUCUUAAAAAGAUUUGUUUAAGUUAUUGUGAACUUAUUACCGAUAAUGGUGUAGUUACACUUUUACAACAAUGUUCAAAAAUUUUUCAUAUUGAUCUUGAUCAUUGUCAAUUGCUAACAGAUGUAGUUUUACAUAAUAUUUCUUCAAUAUUAAUUGAUAAUAGGAUUAAUUAUAUGGAAGUAGAAAUAUUUGAUUGUAGAAAUAUUUCAAUUUUUGCAGUUAGAGAAACUGUAAAGAAAGCUACCGAAUCUGGAGUUAAUUUAAAAUUAAAAG